AAUCCAACCUUAUGAGGACAAAGAGACAUACUUCAUUUAUUCCUGACAUCGGAAAUAAGAUCUCCCCUGGUAGUGCAAGACAAAGUCGGCAACGGAGAAGAAAAGAACUUUAUAGGAAACGAGGUUGUAAUAAAAUUCCAAGAAAUCCAGAUUUCCAGUACGAUCAAAAUAGGCAGAAAACAUAUUGUGGACAACGUAAAAGGGAUUCCUGUGAGUUUUCUAGCCACUCUAGUAAAGACUUUAGCGUAGAACAUAAGUUUGCUCAAAAUAUACAUUCGAAACAUAUGGAAAAUGCUAAUCGACAAGAUUGGGCUGAAAACCACAUAGCAACCACAACUGAGUCGUCUAUACAUAGUGAAAGUCCUGGUUGCAAUCAAGAUGUAGCAGCAAACUUAGAGUAUAGACACUCCUCAUUAUCUAACUUGAAUGUCAAUGAAGAACUUGCGAUAGCACAAAAUGCUCGGAUGAUACGACAAGUUUCUUGUGAACAGCUUCUUGUGGACCAAGAUACAUUGUUGUCGUUGGAGACGCCUUUGAGAGGAUCAGCACAUGCUCUUUCUGAUGAUCUGAAAGAAAAACUUGGAACCGCUUUGGAAAUAUUGGACGAUGCCACAAUAGCCAGUUCCUCGUUUCUUUUGGAUAAUUAUACAGGACAGAACUGGACAGUGGAUAAUCAGGAGCAGUUAAAUGACUUUGGUAAUUGCCAUUCAUCAUAUAUAAAAACAGAGUUCUCCAGUUCACCAUGUACUCUUUUAAGAAAUUGGGCAUCGGAAGAUAUCGAAGGCUACCAAGCAAUGGAAGAACGAGAGUUGCAGCAAAAUUUGUCGAGAGAAUAUCGCUUACAGUCAUCAGAACAUUCAAUACAGUCGAGUCAAAAAGCGAAACCUGAUGAUGAGGAUCUUUUUGAGGUGAUUUGGCAGUCUUUAUUUGAACCAUGUUGCCAUCGCAAGAUGACAAGAGUUGCUAUUGGAGAACAACAGCGACUAGAAACAACUAAUUCAGAAGCCACCCAAUCCUCUUCUCCUGUUUCAAGGGAUAAGAAAUUAAACUUUUGUGCUCCAUUUUUGAGAAGAUUAUAUUCUCAUCAUUGAAUAUGCUUUUUAUCAACAUUGAGA